UAAUUGGAAUCUAAUAAUGUCUGAACAAGGAGAACUUAUUGAUCAAUUCGUCUCUGUAACGAGUGCUCCAAGACAUCUUGCUGAACAAUUUCUUGCAAGAAACAAUGAUAAUUUGAUAGAUGCAAUUGAAGAUUAUUAUGCGAACCCUACUCCAACAACUCAACAGCCACUGAGUACAAAGAAACAAACAAGAACUGGCGGUGGAGUUAGUGGAGUAAGAACCUUUAGAGAUUUAAAUGAUGGAGACGACGAUGAAGAUGAUAAGACUAAUACCAAUUUUUUCACUGGAGGAGAGAAGUCAGGAUUACAAGUAGAAGAUCCAAAUAAGAAGAAGGGCCCAAAUAACCAGGAGAAGUCACUCGUAGAACAAAUCUUCCAAAGAGCUAAGGAACAAAUGGAUCAACCAGAUGAUCGUCCAUCAGCUCAAUUGGAUGAAGAUGAAGAUGAAGGAGACCACCAACCAAAGUUUUCCGGUACUGGAUUCAAGCUUGGUGAUGGAGUUGAACCUUCUCAAGAAGUCAAAGAUCCAGAAGAAGCUGCGGCCAAGAAGACUCCUGCUAAGGUUAGUAGAGAAAUCAUUUUUUGGAAACAAGGGUUUACCGUGGCAGAUGGCCCAUUACAUAGAUAUGAUGACCCUAAUAAUGCUGCCGUAUUGCAAGAAUUGAACCGUGGUAGAGUGCCAAUGUCUCUUUUGGAUGUUGAAUUUGGACAAGAUGUUGAUGUUAGUGUAUACAAGAAAACUGAUGAGGACUGGACUCCUCCAAAACGUAAACUUGGUGGAUUCCACGGACUGGGUCAAAGAUUGGGGUCCCCUGUUCCAGGUGAAGCUACCCUGGUUGUUUCCGAACCCGAACCGGUUGUCGCACCGGCUGCAACUAAUCCUACACCCCCAGAAGAAGUUGGUGACUCUCCGGUUCAAAUUAGAUUUGCAAACGGUAAAAGAGCAUCUCAUAAGUUUAACUCUACAGAUUCAAUCUCAGUUGUGUAUGAUUUUGUCAGAUCACACCCAGAUUCUACUCCAGGUAGACUGUUUAUUUUAUCCCAUGCAUUCCCCGUAAAGCCAAUUGAGGAACUGGAUGCCACCACUGUUGAAGCUGCUAAAUUGAAGAAUGCAGUAGUUGUACAAAGAUGGGUUUAAGAAUAAUGUAUAGCAAAACAGAAAAAAAUAAGAUUCCAAGAUGAUUUAAGAGUAGAG